AUGCUAUACAGGUACGAUGUUAAUGCCUCCGACCCAUCCGCUUUGCCAACUUCUACUCACGGUAUCAUAACCGCAGAUGGCUACGCAGUACCGAGAAUGAUAAUAACCAUAAAUGGUCAAAUGCCUGGCCCCACUUUAAACGUAUACGAAGGACAAACUUUGAAAGUUCAUGUGACAAAUAACCUGUACAGUGAUGCAAUUGCCAUUCAUUGGCAUGUCGCAGCCGUGGGAAAAUAUCGCUUCCGAAUUAUUGGCGAAGGUAGUGCUUUUCCAUUUAGAUUCUCUAUCGACGGACAUAGUCUUAAAACAGUGGCUAACGACGUCGACAUAGAACCGAUAAUUGCUGAGUCGAUAAUAUUACACAAUGGAGAGAGGUGCAAUAUUGAAAUGGUAGCAGACCAAAGUGUCGGUAUCUACUGGAUUAGAGCGAAGACUCUUGAAGCCGAGGUGGACCACUCUGCUUACACCAUUUUGCAGUAUAACGAAUCGGAUACUUCUAAAUCAUUGACAUCAAAUCGGGCGUGUACCUCGAGCGACAGACUAAAAUCAGCUUUAUAUGAGGGAAGGGCCUGGGGAAAAUGUUUCCCAAACCCAACCACACCACGUACGAAGCGUUCCUCUCGGUUCCUGGGAGAGGGGCGCACGUGA